CGGCGCGCUGGGGGCGGGAGUGGAAUCAGGGCGUUCCAGUCGCUUCUCCCCGCUGUCCGGCGAACGGCCGGGGAGCGUCGUGUGGUACCCGGAGGAGGAGGGAGGACGGGCUGUUGAGGGGCUGUCUGAGCGCCUUUUGGCUCUGUCCCCAGGCAGCGGCGGUCGCCGCGGGGUCCAUGAGGCCCGGGCUCUCGGCUCGCCCCGGCUCCGGCAGCGCCCUGGUGCGGCGGCGGUGAGAUGGGGGGCAACCUGGGCUGCCACCGCUCCAUCCCCCGGGACCCUGCCGACCUGUGCCACAGCCGCAAGUUCAGCGCGGCGUGCAACUUCAGCAACAUCCUGGUCAACCAGGAGAGGCUCAACAUCAACACGGCCACCGAGGAGGAGCUGAUGACUCUGCCCGGGGUCACCCGAGUGGUGGCCCAGAACAUCGUGGAGUACCGCGAGUACAUCGGUGGCUUCAAGAAGGUGGAGGACUUGGCGCUGGUGAGCGGGGUGGGGGCGGCCAAGCUGGAGCAGGUGAAGUUCGAGAUCUGCGUGAGCAGUAAGGGCAGCUCGGCGCAGCAUUCGCCCAGCUCCCUGCGGAAGGACCCGGCCUCCGAGCACCACCUGUCCGCCACCAAGAUCAACAUCAACACCGCCACGCCGGCGCAGCUCAUGAGCAUCCGCGGCGUCACCGAGAAGAUAGCCAACAGCAUCGUGGACUACCGCAAAGAGCACGGGCCCUUCAAAAGUAUCGAGGACCUGGUGAGGAUGAACUGCAUCAAUUCCUCUUUCCUAGACAAAAUCCGGCAUCAGAUUUUUGCAGAGAGGUCCCGACCCCCUUCAACGAACACCAACGGCGGCCUCAACUUCACAGCCAAGCCUCAUCCCAGCCCCACUUCUCUCAGCCUCCAGAGUGAGGACUUGGAUUUUCCCCCUGGGGGCCCAACCCAGAUCAUCUCCACUCGCCCCUCUGUGGAGAUGUUCGGGGGGCUGAGGGAUGGCAGACCGGUGCUGAGGGUGGCUACGUGGAACCUGCAGAGCUGCUCCAUUGAGAAAGCCAACAACCCAGGCGUGCGGGAGGUCAUCUGCAUGACGCUGCUGGAGAACAGGUUCCUCUCCAUCUUGGAGGCCCUUCAGCUUGGUGGGGAUGCAGCGAGUUCUUCCUGAAAUGCCUUAGUCUGG